CUCCCUCCUCUGUCCGUGGCCUCCAGGUGGCGUCAGCGUCGUUACACAGCCUCGGGGUGGCCUGGCAGGCAGGUCCGGGAAGAACCGUGCAGUACCUGGUUCUGCUGACGGAUCAAAACGGGGUUCUGUUGAAGAAUGUCACUCUAAAAAACACGGUGACGUCUGCUGAGCUGGACGGUCUGCAACCAGGGACCCACUACACUGUCACCGUGGUAACAGAGGCUGUCGGCCUACAGAGCUCCACCUCCAUACAGGCUGUCACAGUUCCUGCAGCUGUGACUCUUCUGACCCUCGACAACAACAACAGUUCCGUCGCUCUGCUCGCCUCCUGGCUCUCCCCUGCAGGGGGCGUGGAUGUCUACCAGCUCACCCUAUCAGCUCAUGGAUCAGCGUCGCAGCACUGCCGCCUCCCGCCCAACAUUACCCGGGUGGUGUUUCACGGUCUGAUGCCCGGACGGAGCUACCAGCUGUCAAUCAAGAGCAUAGCUGGAGGUUGGAGUACGGAGGCCAUGACCAGAGGGAGAACAGUCCCUCGCCCAGUGUCGUCUCUCUCCAUGUCUCCUUUCGAUGACGGCAGGUCACUGAGGCUCAGCUGGGUGCCCCCCUCAGGUGACUGGGAGAGUUACAGUGUGCUGCUGUGGAAUGACUCAUUGAUUCUGGUGAACACGACUGUGAAUAAACUGAGCGUUCAGUUUGUCUUCUCCGUCCUCGGCCUGGUGCCAGGACGCCUCUACAGGGCAGAGGUCAGGGUUCACAGUGGCAUUAUGGGUAACACGGCAUUCUGUUAUGGACAGCUGGCUCCUUGUCCUGUGCAGCAGCUGCUCGUCCGUCAUGUUGAUCAAACGUCUCUGAGCGUCCUGUGGACUCCACCCAUCGGUCAGUGGGACGGCUUCACUGUGGUUGUCAGGGAAGCAGACUCUGCCUCCGAGGUGGCUCAGAGGCUCCUCCCCUGGGAUUCCACAGAGUGCACCUUCAUGCUCCUGAUGUCUGGACGCCGCUACACUGUCACCGUGACGACCAACAGCGGAAACCUGAGCAGCUCUGCCUCUGUGACGGCUUGGACGG